AUGUUCAAGGAUUUGGUCGAUUCCUUUAGGAUGUGGUCCUAUAAAACCGCAUUCAGGGGUUCAAACUCUCCAUCAUUUUUCCUUCAGCGUUUCAUUCGUGAAGAAGAAAUGGGAUCCUCCGGAGCAUCUUGGGCCGACCAGUGGGAUAAUGGGCCUGACCCAGUUUUUGGCUCCAACGAAUCGAAGAAGAAAAGCAACAACAACGCUCUCGGGAAGACGAAGGCUGUGGCAUCGAGUGGCGUGAAGAAGUUGAAGGAGGGUACCUCCCUUGGCUUCCAAUGGAUCAAGACCAAGUAUCACAAAACCACACACAAAAAUUAG